GCCCUGCCCGCACAUGCGCCCUGACGGCCCAACAAUGGCGGCGCCCGAGGAGUCGCUGAGGAGGCGGAAAACCGGGUACUCGGACCCGGAGCCUGAGUCGCCGCCCGCGCCGGGGCGUGACCCCGCAGGCUCUCCGGCCCACCUCCACGCGGGCACCUUCUGGCUGACCCGGAUCGUGCUCCUGAAGGCCCUAGCCUUCGUGUACUUCGUGGCAUUCCUGGUGGCUUUCCAUCAGAACAAGCAGCUGAUCGGUGACAGGGGGCUGCUUCCCUGCCGAGUGUUCCUGAAGAAUUUCCAGCAGUACUUCCAGGAUAAGACGAGCUGGGAAGUCUUCAGCUACAUGCCCACCAUCCUCUGGCUGAUGGACUGGUCAGACGUGAACUCCACCCUGGACUUGCUCGCUCUUCUCGGACUGGGCAUCUCGUCUUUCGUCCUGAUCACGGGCUGUGCCAACGUGCUUCUCAUGGCUGCCCUGUGGGGCCUUUACAUGUCCCUGGUCAAUGUGGGCCAUGUCUGGUACUCCUUCGGAUGGGAGUCCCAGCUUCUGGAAACCGGGUUCCUGGGGAUCUUCCUGUGCCCGCUGUGGACGCUGUCAAGGCUGCCCCAGCACACCCCCACAUCCCGGAUUGUCCUGUGGGGCUUCCGGUGGCUGAUCUUCAGGAUCAUGCUGGGAGCAGGCCUGAUCAAGAUCCGGGGGGACCGGUGCUGGCGAGACCUCACCUGCAUGGACUUCCACUACGAGACCCAGCCGGUGCCCAACCCCGUGGCGUACUACCUACACCACUCACCCUGGUGGUUCCACCGCUUCGAGACACUCAGCAACCACUUCAUCGAGCUCCUGGUGCCCUUCUUCCUCUUCCUCGGCCGGCGGGCCUGCAUCAUCCACGGGGUACUGCAGAUCCUGUUCCAGGCCAUCCUCAUCAUCAGCGGGAACCUCAGCUUCCUGAACUGGCUGACCAUGGUGCCCAGCCUGGCGUGCUUCGAUGACGCUGCCCUGGGGUUCUUGUUCUCCUCCCGGCCAGGCAGCCUGAAGGACCGAGUCCUGCAGAUGCAGAGUGAAAUCCAAGGCGCUCGGCCCAAGCCCAGAUUCGGCUCUGUGGUGCGGCGUGCAGCCAACGUCUCGCUGGGCGUCCUGCUGGCCUGGCUCAGCGUGCCCGUGGUCCUCAACUUGCUGAGCUCCAGACAGGUCAUGAACACGCAUUUCAACUCUCUUCACAUUGUCAACACUUACGGGGCCUUCGGACGCAUCACCAAGGAGCGGACGGAGGUGAUCCUGCAGGGCACGGCCAGCCCCAACGCCAGCGCCCCCGACGCCGUGUGGGAGGACUAUGAGUUCAAGUGCAAGCCAGGCGACCCCAGCAGACGGCCCUGCCUCAUCUCCCCGUACCACUACCGCCUGGACUGGCUUAUGUGGUUCGCGGCCUUCCAGACCUACGAGCACAAUGACUGGAUCCUCCACCUGGCCGGCAAGCUCCUGGCCAGCGACACUGAGGCCCUGUCCCUGCUGGCACACAACCCCUUCACGGGCAGGCCCCCGCCCAGGAGAGCAACCGCACAAACUCGGGUGUGCUCACGCCACAGACGCUGGUCAGCGACAAGGAGGAAGCCUCCAUCACGCGACCUGGCGGAACCAGAGAGUUGGCACGAAUGAGGAUGGACUGCCCUGCGGGUACAUGCCACAGCGUUCCACUCCUACCACGUUCUUGAACUCAUACAAGGAGGCCGAAGGGCGGGGGUGGGUGCGGAAGGACACGGGGGUCCGGGCUUGGAUGGGGCCCAUGUCUAUAGUCUCAGUGUCAGGCCCUGGCUGGGAUCCCUACUAUAGCUGUGCCAAGCUGUUGCCAGUAGGGUCUGUUCAAAAGGGCCGGGAGAUCCCCUAUUUUAAACACUCAAGCCUUCUGGGGGAGGUGCCAUGGCCUUCUCGGGUACUUUGCAGGAAUGAAAUGCAACCCUUCAGGCCGCUGGGGGCCUGGGGCCCCUUCCCACCAACCUGCCAGUUGGCACAGAGGCUUCUGACCCUUUCCAAAACCCUUUCCAAACUGCAGUUCCAGCUCUUGAUGUCAGAGACCAGGGCCCGGACCCCCAGGCUUUGACCCUGUCCUGGGAAGGAGCAGGAAGCAAGAGCAGGAAUUUGGGAAAGAUGGGCGAUCCCACUGCAGAGGCCUUCCCGGGACCCCCAUCCUCCCGGCAGGGUUUGGGAGAGGGUGCGCCUGCGUGGGGUCUGCAUUGCCCCAGCAAGGCCCAGGAGAGCGUGCGGGGACCAUGCUGCCAGCACAGCCCAACGCCCUCACGGCCGCACCCCAGCCUGUCCCUUCAGCUGCUGCUGAGCUGCUCAGAGGUCGGUCUUGGGGUCCAGUGUGACCUCUGCCUGGCACCACCUGGCUCAGUCCCCAUGCUGGCCGCUGCCGUCCACAUAGCCAGGAGCGACCAUGGCGGCCUCGGGCCCAGGGGGUCCAGAAAAGACCCCUGAGGCCCAGGGCCAUGGGCAGUGCCCUCCUGGAGUAGACAGGAGCUCCCAGCUGCCAGCAUCGCCCUCAGUCUUAGCUGCCCGGGAGGUUUUCCAAAGGCCCGACCCCACUCCUCUUGGAGCCGCUGAUCCCUCUCUCCCAUCAGGCGCCUCAGGGACCCUCCACCCAGAGGGUCUCUGCCUUCCCGGUUUUCCUGGGGCAGUUCGGACUUGGGGGAGAGGAACCAUCAUCCGUCACACCCCAGACCCAAACAGACCCAAAGCCAGGAGGAGCAGGGUGGGCCCAGAGGCCCUCAUCCUGCCAGCCCAAGGGGCACGGCCCAAGGUCUCCACCCGGAGCCCCGGGGGCACAGCUGUGUGCAGGUCACCAGAAGCCCCGAAUAAUGACAGCGCCCCAGAGAGUGGGCACCAGGCCCCGGUGCCGUGUGAAGCCGCCAGCACUUGCCUGGGCUCAUUCCAGGGGCCAUCAGAGGGCCCUGUCACGGCUGCACCCUCACACUCACCAGGCAGCUGGGGCCCAGCUCUGCUGUGGAUCCCAGCCAGGCAGCAGCCGGCCUGCGGGCUGAGACGCUUCCGCUCCUGCUGCACAACUGGGAAGGGCCUGGAGGCCGGGAGCUGGCGAUGGCCACAACGCCGUCUGGUGCCUUCUCCUCCGGGGCAGCCAAGCAGCCCUGGACACGAGGGGCUUCGUCUCACCCCCAGGAGAAAAUGCCCAGUCCUCCGAGAGUCUAGUGAGGGCUUGCCAGCCGGGAACCAAGACCCAGCGUGGCCUAAACCAGGCCCGGCCACCAUGGUCAGGCAGGACCUUACACAGAGCUCAGCAGAGAGACCUGCGCGCUGCCGCGGUCCAGAGGAGAUGGAGGAGGGGCCUUCCUCCCACUCGGGCCUGUCCGAGGAGAGAGGCAGCCAGUAUCUCCACAUCUCAGGCAGGAAAGGGCCUGAAGCCCUGGGAAGCAGAGGCUGUGCCCUCAGGAAACAGGUCCCAGCCUGGCUCCCUCACAGCCUCGGGCUGCCCUGUGGACCGAAACCCCCAGGCACCUUACGGCAGGGCUUGCCUGACUGUGGAGAUCCCACGCCGUGAGCAGCAGGUUCCUCUCUGCGCCUUCCCAGGCGGGGGGCACUUGGGACUCAAACUGGGGCCUUGGGUACUUCCUUGGGCCUGCUCAGUGCCACCCUUGAAGCCCCUGGUUUUCCCCGGGCCGGUCGCUCUGCCGUGUGGGCCCUGCUGAGUCUCUUUUCCCGGAGCUGCCCACAUCCGCCCUUCCCCCUGGCUGCACUGUUCCCUGCUGAGGGUGCGGACUGGAACAGUCGCCCUGCCCGGGGUCUGCCUGUGCUCGGGGUGGGGGCUCCUCAUGCAGCCGCUCUGUCUGUGAGGACCUGUGAGCAGCUGCAGCUCAGCAGCAGGCUGAGGAGCCGGGUCAGGGGCUGGGAGUCCCAGCAGGCCUUGGGCUGACAUGUGCCCCCUUGCAGGUGGGUCCGAGGAGAGCACUACAGGUACAAGUUCAGCCGUCCUGGGGGCAGGCACGCCGCCGAGGGCAAGUGGUGGGUGCGGAAGAGGAUCGGAGCCUACUUCCCUCCACUCAGCCUGGAGGAGCUGAGGCCCUACUUCAGGGACCGUGGGUGGCCUCUGCCCCAGCCCCUCUAGACGUGCACCAGAAAUAAAGGCAAAGACUCAGC